AUCAUCAGAUCUUCGAACGUUAUGGCGCCCGCCGUGACUAUCGUAUUCAGUGGCAUGGUAGCUACCUACAUUUUUCUUCGCUUUCUCCUUCACUUAACUCAGGAUGCCAGGGAACCACCAGCUAUCGAGGUUGGAGUUCCCUUCUUUGGCCCCUUGAUUGGGAUGUUUAGGGAGAAGUCACGCUUCUAUAUUCGUUUGAGAGACACGUACAAGCUUCCAAUAUAUACCCUGCGCGUGCCAUUUUCGCGAAUGUACAUCGUGAAUGCCACCAAACUCAUCCCCGCACUGCAGAAACAAUGGCGCACCAUCAGCUUUGCUGCUAUCGCAGCCGAUGCGGGUAACCUUGUUGGUAUGAGCAAGGAGGCUGUCAAGAUAAUGCAUCAGAACCUAACAAGUGAGGACGGCUUCAGUAUAAGUUGGCCCAAGUAUAUCACGCCUGUGAUGGGACCCGGAGAGGACCUCGAUGCGAUAAACAGAAGAUCGAUCGAGGUUUUUUCAGCCGACAUGGAAAAGCUGCGGGCACAAGGAACUGUGCAAGUCGGCCUGUGGCAGUGGUCACGUCGAAUCAUGGUCGAAUCCACGACGGAAGCAGUCUGGGGGCCACAGAAUCCGUACCGAGACCCUGUUAUUGCCGAAGCUUGGAAAACAUUCGAGGCGGGCUUCUUGACUCUUUCCGUCUUUCCUUUCGCCUCGCUACUUUUUCCCAGGCUCGUUCGUGCACGUGAGCUUGCGGCCAAUGCCAUGAUUGACUACAUGCGCAAGGGCGGGCACGAAAAAGCCUCUGGGCUCGUGCGCAAGCGCUUUGAACAUCAUCGGCAGCUAUUCGGUCUCAGUCUUGAAGAUGUGGCGCGAGGGGAGCUCGGGAACACCUUUGCUGUAUUGGGAAAUUCGACCCCCUGUGCCCUAUGGGUCCUCUACCACAUCUUUUCAGACGAGCAAGUACUCGCUGAUGUCCGCCGCGAAGUUUCUAUGCUAGUGCGUGAGGAGAAUGAUGAAGAAAGGGGUAUCAUCAACACUGUCGACUUGGCUGGCAUCCGCGAGUCUUGUCCCAUACUUCUGAGUACAUUUCAAGAAACACUACGCCACCGCGCCGUCAACCCUGGCCCACGUGUGCUUCUCGAGGACGUACUCUUAGAUGGCCGCUUCCUUCUCAAGAAGGGUAGCAUGCUCAUGAUCCCGGCUCCUGUGCAGCAUACUGAUGUCUCUGCAUGGGGUGAAGAUGCCAGGCAGUUCGAUCACUUGCGUUUCGUGCGGAAACCGACCCUUGGACACAAGAAACCGAACAGAGUCGCAUUCCGCGCAUUCGGUGGCGGACAUGUCCUUUGCCCCGGCCGCCACUUUGCAAGCACAGAGAUCAUGGCACUUGCAGCAUUAUUGGUACUCCAGUUCGACGUGGUGCCUGUCGCUGGCAAGUGGAUUGAGCCUACCUGGGAAAAUUCGCCGGUCCAAGCAGGCUUCCCCGUCCCAGAUGAGGAUAUCAAUGUCGAACUUCGACCUAGAGACCCGGAAAGGAAGUGGCAUAUAAUAUUUACAGGGUCAGAAAUGGCUAUGGGGAUUGUAUCCGAAGACAGUGUUCCUAAUAAUAAUAAUUAAUUGGUGCUACAUGUUGUCGGUUCUAGAUAUAAUGUAAUUAACUACCUGUAGGUAGAGUGUAUACCAAAUUUCCACGUAAC